UUAAAAGACAAUGUUUUAUACCAAUCUGUUUGGUCACUUGGUCCACCAUAACGUGUUCGCCUUUUAGGUUUGACGACUGUAUGAUCGAGCAUACAAGUAGGUUAUGGAACGAUUGAGUAGAAGGUUAUUAAGGAUUCGAUCGCCUUUUUUUUCUUUUUAUUUUUUUAGGUGAAAUUUCAGCUAAACAUACCUACCUAUCUAUAUAAUUUCUUAUUCUUAAAAUUGAAACACCUAAGACAAAUGAACGCAUAAUGUGAUGUGUAACUGAAAGCUGAGACAAAUGAACGCAUCCUCGAAGCUUUCCUCAUUAUUCCAUACUCCCAAAAACCAUUUAUCUUCCUUCAUCACAUUUUCAACCACCUCAGAAAACCCAACAUCCCACAUUCUCACCAAAUGCAUUGCUCUUUUACAAUACUGUGCAUCUUCCAAACACAAACUAAAACAAAUUCACGCAUUUUCCAUAAGACAUGGUGUCCCUCUCAACAACCCCGACAUGGGAAAGUACCUUAUUUUCACUGUUGUGUCUCUCUCCGCACCCAUGUCUUACGCUUACAACGUUUUCACAUUGUUACAUAACCCCAAUGUGUUUACUUGGAACACCAUGAUUAGAGGCUACGCUGAGAGUGAUAAUUCAUCCCCUGCACUUCCUUUCUACCGUAAAAUGUUGGUUUCGUGUGUUGAACCUGAUACUCACACUUACCCUUUUCUUCUUAAGGCUAUUUCAAAGUCGUUGAAUGUUAGAGAAGGUGAAGCGAUUCAUUCGGUUACUAUAAGAAAUGGAUUUGAGUCGUUGAUUUUUGUUAGGAAUAGUUUGCUUCAUAUAUAUGCUGCUUGUGGUGACACUGAAAGUGCAUACAAGGUGUUUGAGUUAAUGGGUGAGAGAGAUUUAGUUGCUUGGAAUUCUGUUAUUAAUGGGUUUGCUCUUAAUGGAAAGCCUAAUGAAGCUUUGAGUUUGUUUAGGGAAAUGAGUUUGGAAGGUGUGGAGCCAGAUGGGUUUACUGUGGUUAGUUUGUUAUCUGCUUGUGCUGAACUUGGUGCUGUAGAGUUAGGACGUAGGGUUCAUGUUUAUUUGUUGAAAAUUGGGUUGACAGAGAAUUUGCAUGUGAAUAAUUCGCUUUUAGACUUUUAUGCAAAAUGUGGGAGCAUAAGGCAGGCUCAACAAGUGUUUAGUGAGAUGGGAGAAAGGAAUGUGGUUUCUUGGACUUCUUUGAUUGUUGGUUUGGCUGUUAAUGGGUUUGGUGAGGAAGCACUUGAGCUUUUCAAAGACAUGGAAAGACAAGAACUUGUUCCUGGUGAGAUCACUUUUGUUGGUGUUUUAUAUGCUUGCAGCCAUUGUGGGAUGUUGGAUGAAGGGUUCAAUUAUUUUAGAAGGAUGAAAGAUGAAUAUGGUAUUAUGCCGAGGAUAGAACAUUAUGGUUGUAUGGUGGAUUUAUUGAGUAGGGCUGGUUUAGUUAAACAAGCUUAUGAAUAUAUUCAGAAUAUGCCAAUGCAGCCAAAUGCUGUUAUUUGGAGGACCUUAUUAGGGGCAUGUACAGUGUAUGGAGAUUUGGGUUUGGGCGAGAUAGCAAGAUCUCACUUGUUGAAGUUAGAACCUAAACACAGUGGAGAUUAUGUGCUUCUCUCGAAUCUUUAUGCCUCUGAACGCCGCUGGUCCGAUGUACAGAUGGUGAGGAGGUCGAUGAUAGAGGAUGGUGUUUGGAAAACUCCUGGCUAUAGUUUCGUUGAAUUGGGAAACCGUGUUUUUGAAUUUACUAUGGGGGAUAGGUCUCAUCCUCAGAGUCGGGAUGUGUACGCGCUGCUAGAGAAGAUUACUGAAUUGUUGAAGCUAGAAGGUUAUGUGCCUCAUACAGCAAAUGUGCUUGCUGACAUAGAGGAGGAGGAGAAAGAACAAGCUUUGUCUUAUCAUAGUGAAAAAGUUGCAAUUGCUUUUAUGCUCUUGAAUACAGCACCAGGGACUCCAAUCAGGGUCAUGAAGAAUUUAAGAGUUUGUGCAGAUUGUCAUAUGGCUAUCAAACUCAUAUCAAAGGUUUAUGAUAGAGAGAUUGUUAUUAGGGAUCGUAGUCGGUUCCACCAUUUUAGAGAUGGUUUAUGUUCCUGUAAAGAUUACUGGUAAUUUAUUUAUGUCAAGUUAUCAGCAUUUGAUAAUGACAUCAAUGCUGUAUUGUUUUUGAGGUAGGAUGCGGUGCUUAGAUAUAGAGGCAGUGAGACAUGGCUGAUGAUUUUGAUAACUUGCAGUCAUUCUCAGGAAAUAUGUUUGUCCUUCCCUUCCACCAAUCAACUCUAGCAUCAGAGGCAUCAUAUUAGCCCCAUGGGGAGAGCAUAAGAAGGAGAUGAAAAAAUCAAAAGGGGAAGGAAUUUCAUGGCUUGAGGGCGCAUUAUUUUAUGUCAAAAUGUUGUUAUACACAAAAUCAGAAGUUAUGAAAAGUGAAGAUGCAAAAGGUGUAGUGGUGCUUCGUUGAGGUGCUUGAUCCAAGUGUCCUGGACAACCUUCUUGAAGAGUUAGUCAUCACGCAUUAGUGUCAUUUGCUAGGUUGAACUCAAAAAUCAAAAUGUUGAGUAGGCGAAUAUUUUGGGCCAAAAUAAACUUAAAUUUUGUUAAACUUA